GUUUCCCAAAGUCGUGCAGCAACGGCAAUUAUGGAUUUUGCGCAGAUUAGUCAUUUAAUUUUACUUAGGUAGUUCCUCCUUAAAUGAAAGAGAACGAGAAAGAUGCCGUCGUCCAUCACGUAUCCCCCUAACAAUGAUCGUCUCUCAGGAAAAGACUGUUUUCAUCGUGGAUUUUAACAGCUUCAACACUGAGAAACAGUGCAGCCCGUUAGCUAACGGCUCUCCUUGGUGAGGGUGGCACAACAACCUACGAAUGCUUCUGGUACACUUCAACGCGAAGACGGUCACGAUUUGGUUGUUUUUCUUGGAUAUCCAAGUGUCAUGUUUGCUCCUGCCUCCGUUACAUUACCGUUUGUGUCACAAUGUAACCCGACGUGACACCGACGAUGUGUUGGAGUACAGUGCUGGACAUCAGCCGUGUUAUGACUGUACAUCUCAGGAUACAUCAUGGUACACAACACUACCACCUCCUUCUCUGAUGGACAAACAGGAGAGCUGUUCCAAGAACCAUCGGAGACAGGAUGACCCAGAUGAGAAACUAAAAGAAAUGGCAUUGGAGUGGAUGGACGGUAAAAUGGAAUUCAACUUUCCCAAGUUGUUUUCUUCAGAGGACCCAAUAUCUUCUUCAGCUCCUGCUGGUCCACGGGGACACUACUUUUACUCCACAUUGACCUCCAUGUCAAACAUGUUGCACCUCAGGAGAGGAAGAAGCACACUCACCAGAAUCCACCCAGGUCAUGCUCUGCCUCAGGUUCAGAGUGUAACACCUCCAUCUGCAUUUGGGGUCAGGUUUCAUAAGUGUGCACAGGUUAAGUUGGACACUGAUCCUCCUCUGCUGACAUUCUUCCUUCUGAUUUAUAACACGGGUCCAGCUGGUGGCACCAACCUGUCUCAAGUGGCUAUCCGGGACUCUGUCUCUGGAAUAGUGCUCCAAGAGACUGAAGGCAGAGUGGUGGAAAGAGGCUAUCAGACAUUUGCUAUAGAUUCACUGUCUGCUGGCUCCAAUAUAAGUGUCAAUUAUACUGCUAAAAUAAGGAGUCAUAAGAGUGAAGUCCUGGACCUUCCAGCUUUUCUCACCUUUUCUAAUGCCUCACAGAACGAUGUGAGUAUGUUUGGUCCGUUAAAAGCUAAUCUAACCUUGAGGGUGAAUUCCACUGACAGAAUUUUUCCAAACCAUGGGGUCCAUUUUGCUGGAUUUGUUGCGGGCUUAUUUGUCACGCUGGCGCUGUUGUCUCUGGGAUUUCUGGCCAUGAGCCUGAUUGGUCCCAGAAGCAGGCUGAGCCUUCUGCACCAAAGGAGAAACAGAGGGGAUUCAGACCAUGAGUAUGCAGACUGCAACAUGAGUGAGACAAUAAAGGAAGAGGCAAUGUUUGAGGACAAGAUGGUGGACAUCAUGGUGCUGGAAGAUCCCCAGAACAUGUACCAGGCUUUGGAAAACCUUGAAAUGUCUACACUGCUGCAUGCCACCAAUAACCUGGAGAAUAUUCGGAUUCAGAUCUACAAGGACGUGAUGUCGUCUCUGCUGAGCGGCCUGCGAUCCAGUGGCCAGGCCCAGCAGAGGCUGCUCAGUGUACUUCACGGACAGCUGCUUGGCAUGGAGGGUCGGCUCAAAGAGGAGCGAGGGGCUCGAAUGGCUGCCCUCGCCAGCCGGUGCAAUCUGGAGACUCGGGAAGAGAUGGAGGCAGAACACUGCAGAGAAGCUGCUAAAAAGGCCCAGGCUGAGCUGCUUUGUCAACAUGCAGACCAGCAGGAGCUCCUCCACUGCAGUGUCCUCUUGGAGAAGCUGCACAAGCUGAGCCAGAGUCAGCUUCAGCACAUCCUGUUGGUCCGGCAUGAGGAGGCCUCAGCCAAGGUCCAGAGACAGAUCAUAGAGUGGCGCCGCGUGGAGUUGCACAAGAUUUUCUCUGAGGAGCUGGAGGAGGCCACCAGGAUUGGUGAGCUGGAGAAAAGUACAACAAAGAGUCUUCAGCAUGAUUACUUCACCUGCCAAGAUCAGCUUGAGGAAGUGCUGGAUGUUGUCCUUGCUAACCAGCGCUAUAUGCUCUCUGAGCGCCAUGCUCAGAGGAAGUUCUUGGUGCACAGCCUUCACAGCCUCAAUGGUCUGAUUUCUGACACCUUCUCCAGCACCUCCAGCAGUUUGGACAGCUGGUUCACUCACAUCAGGAGGGGGAGAACUGUGCCUGCAGAGCAGAUAGAACAGCUACAGGAGAAGUCCCAGAAGGAGCUGGUGAUGGUGAAGCAGAGAAUGGAUGAGGCUCUGAGCCAGGAGAGGAGGGCAAUGCGCUGUGGACUUAUUAAGAAGAGACGGGAGCUUAUCUCUGAUAUGCUACAGGGCCACAAACAGCGACAAAAGGAUCUAUCAGGCCUUUCUAAAGGUCUGGGGGGAAGGAUAGAUAUCGCUCAGCACCUGCACUGUUGGCAGAACUUACUGACAGCUCAGUGUCUGGAGCUGGCAGAGCUCAUCAACAACCUGGAUGAGGAGGCUGCUGCUGACAUCCGCAAGGUGACCAUGCGUGUGAUUCAGGGUGCCAUAACAGAUCUCAAAGCCAUCCAGCCCUCUGCUAACCAGGCUCUGCUAUCAUUGUUGCCCCCAGGGGCGCAGCAUUCCCUGACGCAGGUAGAACCAGAGCUAGGAGCAGGACAAGGGGCGAACAGUCUCCUACAGGGCCAGGAAAAGUUGCAUCAGGAAGGAAAGGCAGCUUUGCACACUCUUCAGAGUACCAGGGAGGCUCUGAGAGAAGCUAUGGAGAGAGAGCUGAAGGAGCAGAGAGAGAUCAGGGCAAAUUGCAGAGAUUUCUUCAGUUGCUUAUGUUUGUCUCAGUUAACUUUUUCUGAGGAUGACCAGCUCAGGAUGAAACUUGAGUUUCAGAAGUCUUUUUCUGUGAUGGACCGCAGUCUGGUGCUGCCCCACGCUGUCUCCAGAACCAAACUGCACACUGCUCUGGCAGCUAGGAGGAAGGAGAGCGAGCAAAAGACAAAUAUGCAAUCCAAGGGGAAAACCAGCGAGACCAGACAGAAAACAGACACAACUGACCUGCAGCUUUUCCAGAAAAGACUUGAGGAGCAGAUCAAACUGUUCGAGAAAGAGAAAGAGAUGGAGGAAGGUGUCAUGGAUAAGGUAAUGGAGGAGAUGCAAAGUGAGAGAGUGGAAGAGCUGCGUUCUCAGGGAGACAGUCUAGCAGUGCAGUUGGAAACAAUUCACUACCAGAAGGCUGAGAGGAGGACCAAAGUGUUAGAGACGUCUAGAGCCAUGCUCACUCUGCACAGCCUGCUCAUCCAGCAGAUCAGAGAGAGAAAGAGCCCGGAGAAACAGGAGAUGGCCCACAUUAUACAGAGCCACUGCAUGGGCCUAGAGGAGGCAGAACAACAACAUCUGAAGGAGAAGGCAGAAUUAGAUGGCCAAAGAUUGUGCAAGUCCAAUGCAGGAUCAAGUCCAACACAGAGUGAUGACUCUGACGAGCAAGAGGAGGAGAGCAAGGAGGAGAGACUUUAUCAGCUGCAGCAGGACUGCAGGAUGUCAUCCAUCCUCCAGGAGGCACUCUAUAAGUAUGAAGAGGUUAACUCUGUGUUGGCUGAGAGGUUACAAGAAACGACUGCCAAAAAUCAAGCCACGGAAUAUUUGAGAGAACAAAUGGAGCUCAGGAGACUUUAUGCACACUGUGACCAGGAUCUGGAUUUUGCAUCUCGGCUGGUGAAGCAGAGUCAGAUCCCUGCUGAGGCUCUCCUAGAGGCCCUGCGCCUCCUCCUCCCCACCCUGCCUGAGAGUGAACUCCUCUCCAUCACUGAUGCACUCUACCCCAAACAGCAUCCUGUUUCAUCAUCUGCAGAGCAGGAACACACAGGGGGUGUUGUGGGGUCAAACGGGCGCCUUCCUAUCAAACUGAGAGAAGACGUGGUGCAUAAAAAUAUGAUAAAUACGCCAACCUGCGCUGUGGACACAGAGAGGCUCCAGGAAAGGAGGCAAAGUUUGUUGGAAAAGCUGCUCAUGAGGUCCCUGCGCUCGGUUCCUAGAGACGCAGCACCUUUGCUGGUUAAAGAGAAAGGACAGGAGGACAGUCUUCAUGAAGUACAGCGAGCUAUUUAUAACCUACAUAUGCCUAAAGACUGGGAGCAGCAUGGUGACCCUGCAAAACAGAGAGUAGUGGACAGGACGAAUGAUGCAGUAUACCUCACAGCAGAGGGAGACAAGAUGCCACUGAACGUCCCUGCUGCUGGAGAGAGGUUGUUUGUGUUUCGGGAUCCACCUGAGUUCAGUGGCCAUGUGGGUGCACCGACAAGGAAACGGAAAAGAAACUUCCUCAAUUUUAAGAAAAGCUCUGUGGCUCCAUCAAACCUACCUUAAGACUUCAAAACAUUGUCUUUGGCGAGAAUUUGAUCAGGAUGAUAUUAUUUUGAUAUAAGAUAAUUCCACCACAAAAAAUAAAGGAGAGUUCUCCUGUUUAAUAGAAGAAAAUCCAUGUAGCAUCUGGUUUUUGUUUAUGUGUAAAGGCAGCUUACUUUGACUGUUUCAAGAGUUUUUCUGCUUAUUUCUUCUCAUUGUAAACAGGGAGUAUGAUUCAGAGGGCAUCAAAUGGAGAGAAGGGUUAUUUUGUUCCAAUGCACUUGUCUUGAAUGGAAAAGUCCAAACAAAAACAGACUGAUUUAUGAAAAAGUACACUUGACAAAUGAGUUUUUCAACUCGAGAGUGGUGCAUGCCAUGAAGCUUGAGCGUGAACUUCUUUGUUGUAAGUCACCAAGUGUUUGUGGUUUCAUCUGAAGACUAUACAUGCUUUUACACUCAGGAUGAAAAGGUACGAGAAACAUUGAAUCCUUUCUGUACAGCAUUUUAAUAAACCUUUCA